CGGCGGCGGCGGCUGUUGCUGCUGCUGCCGCCGCGGAGGCAGACAGACCCGGCGCUGCUGCCGCCGCCGCCGCCCUCCCCCGGCUCCAUGCCGCCGCCACUGCCGCCUCCUCCUCUCCGGCAAGGGGCGGGGGGCUCCGGCCCGGGGUGGGCACCACUCCUCGCAGUGCUGCUCCCCUCCCUGCCCUCCGCGCGGGCCCUGGAGCCGGCGGGGGCGCCCGCCGCCUCCUAGGAGCGCACGCUCUGCGCGCCCUGCCCGAGAGAGGGGGCGGGCGUGGGCGGGGGCGGGCGUCGGGGCAGCGGGGGACCCCGUGCGGUGCGAGAGGAGGGGGCUAACUCGGAGGAUGCCCGGCAGCGGUUCCCCGCUCCUAGGCGCGGGCUGAGCCGGACUCGGAGCGGGCGGCGCGUCGCCAUGCCGGUGUGACGGGCGCCCCCCGGCUGCCCGCGCGGUCCCCGGCGCUGCCCCACACCACGCCGCGCCGGCGCCGGGCGGCAGGAUGGGCUGUAUCCAAAGCAUUACCUGCAAGGCGCGGAUCCGGCGCGAGAACAUCGUGGUGUACGAUGUGUGCGCCACCAUCGACCAGUGCCCCACGCGCAUCGAGGAGACCUCGCCCAUCGUCCUGCGCUACAAGACUCCCUACUUCAAAGCUUCAGCCCGCGUGGUCAUGCCCCCCAUCCCCCGCCACGAGACCUGGGUGGUGGGCUGGAUCCAGGCGUGCAACCAGAUGGAGUUCUUCAACACCUACAGCGACCUGGGCAUGUCAAGCUGGGAACUUCCUGACUUGAGGGAAGGGAGAGUAAAAGCCAUCAGUGACUCAGAUGGGGUGAGCUACCCUUGGUACGGGAACACCACAGAGACUGUGACCCUGGUUGGCCCCACCAACAAGAUCUCCAGGUUCUCCGUCAGCAUGAAUGACAAUUUCUACCCCAGUGUGACGUGGGCAGUGCCAGUGAGUGACAGCAAUGUGCCUCUGCUCACGAGGAUCAAGAGGGACCAAAGUUUCACUACCUGGCUGGUGGCCAUGAACACCACCACCAAAGAGAAGAUCAUUCUGCAGACCAUCAAGUGGAGGAUGAGGGUGGACAUUGAGGUGGACCCUCUUCAGCUCUUGGGGCAACGUGCCCGGCUGGUAGGCAGGACUCAGCAGGAGCAGCCCCGGAUCCUGAGCCGGAUGGAGCCCAUCCCCCCCAACGCACUAGUGAAACCCAAUGCCAACGAUGCCCAGGUCCUCAUGUGGAGGCCCAAGCGGGGGCCACCUCUGGUUGUGAUCCCUCCUAAGUAGAAGCAGACUCUCCUGACUGUGUGUGGAGCACAUGCCACUGAGACACGCAGGGAGGUUGCCAGGGGUGGCAGGAGCCAAACUGAGUUUCUGAGCCAAAGCAGACCUCGCAGUUUGCCAGCCUUUGCAGCCACUUGUGAAGAGUGGAGCUGCUCUUUGGGUGGUAGAACCAUAAUCCUUAGGAAAAGUCCCUUCCUUUUAGGAAUAAAGAAAUCACUGAUUUGACAGAC